ACUGGCUAGGGCCCAGAGCCGCCCAAGUUGCGCGCAUCUCCUCUCGGAGCCCGCAGCCAGACCCGCAGCCCUACCGGAGUCUCCCCAGCCACCUGCCAGGACUCCGGCGGGCGGCGCAGCCUCGGGCGGGUCCCCGCCCCCGCGCUGCUGGGCCAGCGAGGCCGCCGCGGCGUUCCGGGCGCCGCCGCAUUGGCCGCUGCGGUGCGGGAGGCGCGGUCGGCGCAGCCACGGGGCUGCGGGCACUGGCUAGGGCGACCCGCAGCGCUCGCUCAGCCUUCGGCCCGCUCGCCCAUGGCCCUGGCGCUGCGGUCCUGGCUCCCAGCCCCGCGCGUUGUCCCCACCGCCCGCCUCUGGCCGCCCAGCCUACCAGCCUCGCGCGAUGCUGAACGGCGCGGGCCUGGACCAGGCUUUUAAGAUGUCGUUACCGCGGAGGGCGAGGAUCGGCGCGUCCGUGGGACCCGUUCGUUCUUCUGCGGGCUACAAGAAGGCAGAGGAUGAGAUGUCCCGGGCCACGUCUGUUGGAGACCAGCUAGAGGCACCGGCCCGCAUAAUUUACCUCAACCAAUCUCAUCUCAACAAAUUCUGCGACAACCGGAUCAGUACGGCCAAGUACAGCGUGUUGACAUUUCUACCUCGAUUCCUGUAUGAGCAGAUUAGGAGAGCUGCUAAUGCCUUCUUCCUCUUCAUUGCCUUACUACAGCAAAUCCCAGACGUAUCGCCAACUGGACGGUACACCACCCUGGUGCCAUUGGUCAUCAUUCUAACGAUUGCAGGCAUCAAAGAGAUUGUAGAAGAUUUUAAACGACACAAGGCCGACAAUGCAGUUAACAAGAAGAAAACAAUAGUGUUAAGAAAUGGCAUGUGGCACACUAUCAUGUGGAAAGAGGUGGCAGUGGGAGACAUCGUGAAGGUCCUCAAUGGGCAGUAUCUUCCAGCAGACAUGGUCCUGUUCUCCUCCAGUGAGCCCCAGGGGAUGUGCUAUGUUGAAACUGCUAACCUGGAUGGUGAGACGAACCUUAAAAUACGACAGGGUUUGAGCCACACAGCCGACAUGCAGACAAGGGAAGUGCUCAUGAAGCUGUCCGGAAGGAUAGAGUGUGAAGGGCCCAACCGCCACCUCUACGAUUUCACUGGCACCCUGCACUUGGAUGGGAAGAGCUCUGUUGCCCUUGGGCCUGACCAGAUCUUACUGAGAGGCACCCAGCUUAGGAACACACAGUGGGUCUUUGGCGUUGUUGUGUAUACCGGACAUGACACCAAACUCAUGCAGAAUUCAACAAAAGCACCUCUCAAGAGGUCGAACGUUGAGAAGGUAACCAACGUGCAAAUCCUGGUGCUGUUUGGCAUCCUCCUGGUCAUGGCGCUUGUGAGCUCGGUGGGCGCCCUGUUCUGGAAUGGGUCUCAUGGUGGAAAGAGUUGGUACAUCAAGAAGAUGGACACGACCUCAGAUAAUUUCGGCUACAACCUACUGACGUUUAUCAUCUUGUACAACAAUCUGAUUCCUAUCAGCCUGCUGGUGACACUCGAGGUCGUGAAGUACACGCAGGCCCUCUUCAUAAACUGGGACACGGAUAUGUACUAUAUUGAAAAUGACACUCCUGCCAUGGCCAGGACAUCAAACCUCAACGAAGAGCUUGGGCAGGUAAAAUACCUGUUUUCUGACAAGACUGGAACUCUUACAUGUAAUAUCAUGAACUUCAAGAAGUGUAGCAUUGCUGGUGUGACCUAUGGCCACUUCCCGGAACUAGCCAGAGAGCAGUCCUCAGAUGACUUCUGUCGGAUGACUUCUUGCCCCAGUGACUCAUGUGACUUCAAUGAUCCCAGGCUGUUAAAGAACAUCGAGGAUGAACACCCCACAGCCCCUUGCAUACAAGAGUUCCUUACCCUGCUGGCUGUGUGUCACACCGUUGUCCCUGAGAAGGAUGGUGAUGAAAUUAUCUACCAGGCUUCAUCUCCAGGGGUGAACCUGUGUGGUGUUGGCUCAUUGUUGGCAGAUGAAGCUGCUUUGGUCAAAGGGGCUAAGAAGCUUGGCUUCGUGUUUACCGGGAGGACGCCAUACUCGGUCAUCAUCGAAGCGAUGGGACAAGAACAGACAUUCGGGAUCCUCAAUGUUCUAGAAUUUUCUAGCGACAGAAAAAGAAUGUCUGUCAUUGUUCGAAUGCCGUCGGGACAACUUCGACUUUACUGCAAGGGAGCUGAUAAUGUAAUCUUUGAAAGACUUUCAAAAGACUCAAAGUACAUGGAGGAGACAUUAUGCCAUCUGGAAUAUUUUGCCACAGAGGGCCUGCGGACCCUGUGUGUGGCCUAUGCAGAUCUCUCUGAGAAUGAGUAUGAGGAGUGGCUGAAAGUCUAUCAAGAGGCCAGCAUCAUUCUGAAGGACAGAGCCCAGAGGCUAGAGGAGUGCUAUGAGAUCAUCGAGAAGAAUUUACUGCUACUUGGAGCUACAGCCAUUGAAGAUCGUCUUCAAGCUGGGGUUCCAGAAACCAUAGCUACUCUGUUGAAGGCAGAAAUCAAAAUAUGGGUGUUGACAGGAGACAAGCAAGAAACUGCAAUUAAUAUUGGGUACUCCUGUCGGUUGGUGUCACAGAACAUGGCCCUUAUCCUAUUGAAGGAGGAUUCUUUAGAUGCAACAAGGGCGGCCAUCACUCAGCACUGCACAGACCUCGGAAAUUUGCUGGGCAAAGAGAAUGAUGUGGCCCUCAUCAUCGACGGCCAUACCCUGAAGUACGCACUCUCCUUUGAAGUCCGCAGAAGUUUUCUGGACCUGGCGCUCUCGUGCAAAGCAGUCAUCUGCUGCAGCCUGCUGUGUCUGCUGUAUUUCUGGAAGCCUCUGAAUGUUUUCCUGAACUUUGGCCACAUGGCCCAUCAUAGCCUCAUCCAUGUGUCUUCUCCUCAUGUGCUCCCCUCUGCUUAGCACCAGCUUUACAAAGAACCAUCCAGAGAACAAAGCUGGGGCGGAGGGAGGGGGCUGCAACGUAAGUGUACCAGGUGACAUUAAAGAAUUAAAAAUGGAUACUCAAACAAAUACUUAUGUGCAUGCAUUUAUAAUAGCAUUGUUCACCAUAGCCAAAUGUGUAGAUAACUAAGUUCACAAGUGGAUAAGGAAAGUGAGGCCUGUCUGUACGAUAAUAUCCAGCCGUAGAAAGGAAUGAGACAAUGGUAUCUACCACAGUGUGCUGAACGUCAAAGCUAUGGGUAGCAAAGGAAGCCAGUCACAAACGAGAUGGCAUGUGGCAACAUUCCAUCCCUGUGGAAUAUCCGGAGUGGACAAACACACAAAGCUAAGCAGCUAAGCAAAGGGGGGAAGUGGGUAACUGCUUCAUAGAUACAGGCUUUUUCUUUUGAAGAUAGCGAAAUGUUCUGGAGCCUCGUGCUGAGGACGGUUGUGUUGCGAUUAUGCCAAGUGCCGUGAUAUGCUUAGUCUUAAAAGUGUUUGAAAGAUUUAGUUAUACUUUGUGUGUGUGUGUGUGUGUGUGUGUGUGUGUGUGUGUGUGUGUGUGUGUAGGUUAAGGUGGGAGGCCCAAGUCUGCUCCACCACAGAGCUCAAGCCGCUACGGGAGGCAGGACAUGGGAAGUUUGGGCGGACCUUGGGCUGUGAGAGGGUCAGCGCUCCAGGGGUGGGGAAGCACAGUCUGAAGCAGGACACAGUCAGAGCUGACUGGAGAUCACCUGGCUUGCAAGGAGGCCAGAGCAGUGGGUUCUCAGACUCUUGGGCAUCCAGGCAGCGCUGGGAUACCUCAGAAGAGCUGAGAAUGGAGUGGGCCCCCGCAGGGCUGGAACCAACCCCCCAGGGCUGAGGGGGAAAAGGGGGCACUUGGGCUGGUCCCUCAGGGAUAGUCCUUGGCUUGGUGACAAUAGGCUAGAGCUCAGUGGCGGGUGCCACGGGGAGUGCAGGGAAGCUUUCUUCAGGAGACCAGACAGCGGCUCUGUAGGCGAAGGCCUUCUCUGUGGUUCCCACAGUGGAUCCUGGACCCUGAUAAAAGAGACAGUCCAUGAUUUCAAGACAUUUAUUGUCAUGGCGGAAAGUGGAUGAGUAAAACUGUUACCCCCUUCUCAGAGUGGGCCUGAGAUUAAAUACCUGUUGCAGGGAGGAGCGUCUGGGAAGGAAAAUUCAUUAGCUAAGCCUCCAGGCCUUUAGGUACCUCAUUAUAAUGGAGAUCUGUCUUGAGCCUAUGUGACCUAUAGUCAGGUCCUCCACCUACAAAGGGGUUUGGGGCAUUGCCCUUAUGUGACUGAUGGUCACAAAUCUAAUGGGGCUGAGGGCUAGUGACUGGCUGGUUUCCUGGGAGUCAGGUGAAAUGCCUACUAUCCCUCAGGGUCACCGGGGUUUCAAACCUCUUCAACCAGAACCAGGGUCUUUCACUGUCCGUGUAUAUGUGUGUGUGUAUGUGUGUGUAUAUGUGUGUGUAUGUGUGUGUAUGUGUGUGUGUGGUGUGUAUAUGUGUGUGUAUGUGUGUGUAUAUGUGUGUGUAUGUGUGUGUAUGUGUGUGUGUAUCUGUGUGUGUAUGUGUGUGUAUGUAUGUGUGUAUGUGUAUCUGUGUGUGUGUAUGUGUGUAUAUGUGUGUGUAUGUGUGUGUAUGUGUGUGUAUGUGUGUGUAUGUGUGUGUAUCUCUGUGUGUGUAUCUGUGUGUAUCUGUGUGUGUGUGUGUGUGUGUGUGUGUGUGUGUGUGUACCUACUAAGGGCAUCAUAUCUCAUGGAGCUGAGUUGGAGUUACAGGCAUUUGUAAACCACUCAGUAAUAGGUACUGGGAACCAAACUCAGGUCCUCUGGAAGAGGAACAAGGAUCUUAACUACAAAGCCAUCUCUCCAGCCCUCAAAGGGUGAAUUUUAUGUUCUGUUAAUUUUUUUAUCACAAUAAAGACAGACAUGUGUGAAUAAAAGAAUUUACCUAAUAAAAAUUAAAUUUCACUGAAUUAAAGAGAACAAAAUAUAGGCCAAAUGAACAACGACAACAACAACAAAAAUGGCUCCUAGGCCAUUCCCCCAGAGGGAGCAAACCUGAAUCUGGGAAUUUUCCCAGCCACUGAGGGAUUGUGACAGGCAGUCGGUACCAAGACUGACAGCUUCCUGGUUAGCUUGAACAUGCUGUCCCCACCUCACCCCCAUCAAUCCAUGGAAGCACUGGUGUCCCAAACUUUUUCACGCCUGUGUUUUUCAAGCACUUUAAACUCAAAAUGUAUCAGUAGCAUUGGGCACGUUACCUCUGCCUCCUCUCCUCUCUGGGAGCCCACAGGACUUAAGAAUUACUGCCUCCCUCCUUGGUGGCUCCACUCCACCCCAUUGUGAGGGCCUUUUGUUGAUGUCAGUAGAAAUGGGAUCAUACGCAAGCUAGGAACCUUUAGUGACAGAAACCUAAACACAUCCCACAGAGGGGUCUACACUGGAUGUCAAGGGCGGCAGAGGUCAUCCUUUGUGUUCUCGGGUGUGUUUAGGCUUCUGUCUAAGGCUUCUGUCUAAGAAUAAGCUACAUAUACAAAUUAGGAAAUCAAGUUCAGAAGUUCGUCUUUUCACCUGUUAAUCAUUGACAAACAUUACCUUUGUUUUUCUGUUUGUUUUUGUUUGUUCGUUUUAUAAAUGGCUAAAUCAUCUUGCACAUGGUCUGAGCUGUGAAGGGGGAAGCUGGUGUGGGGGUUGAUCUGACUUCAGCUAUGGCCUAUCUAGCUGGCCCUGCCUGUUACUUUGCUUACACAUGUGUUACACUCUCAGUUUCACUAACAGUUUGCCUAGUUUAGGUCCUCUCCCUCUAGUUGUAGAGGGUUUGUUGCUCUCUGGAGGGAGAAUGAAUACGUAGGCCAUUCUCAAUGUGUGCAAGAACGGCUUCUCUGUUUUCUUUUCUCUCUUUCUUCUUUGAAGCUCUUUGUUCUUGUCAAAAUGGAAAUAAAUUUCAUAGCACAGUCUAGUGGGGGUGAGCAGACUUUUGACCUCCUGAGAGUAUUCAGAAACGUUAAGUGGCUACCUCAUCAGGAAGAGAGUCAUGAAAGGCUCAUCAGUGUCUCCCUUGUGAGGAAGUCGGCAAUGGCCUCUCCACAGACCCCGACGAGUGCAGGUGACGAUGGUGGCCCCUCAGCGGCACCCCCCUUAGCAAGUAUGAUUUAUGGCUUUCAGUAUCUGGGCAGGAGAUGAAGUCGAGAGGAAGCCCACAGCGGAGUCUGCACUGGAUGUGCAUCCUCAGGGUAGCCGAGGUCAUCAUUUGUAUUCUUGGAUGUGUUUAGACUUCUGUCUCUCAGAAUGGAUUUAGAAGCAAACUCGUAAAACCUGGCGCAAAGCCACAGGGCCGAGUCCGGACUGAGAGGUGGGAGGUGCACUGGAUGUGUUUAAAGACUUUGGCAGGUUAUUUUCCUAGCUAAGAAUUAUUUAUAUUCCUCAUAGAAAGAGAAAUCAGAAAGUAGGGGUGAGCAAAGAGAAAGCGGCAAUCACAGUGCCAACGGCUGUCAGCUCACCCACCCUAAGAGUUGGACUCUAUGCCAGGGGUCGGGGGUUAGGGAUGGGAGGUAGGGGUGGGGGAGGCGCGGUCCACAGGUGCACAUUUGAAAGCACAUGAAGUUUCUAUGUGAGGUAAUAAUGUAAAACACGUUUGUAGGAGGCUGAGCAAGGAGGCCAGGCUGUAGCUCAGUAGUAAAGCCCAGUACUUGCCUGGCGUACUUGAGGCCCUAACAAAAAAAAAUAGCUGAAUGGUGUUUCAUUAUUUUGAACAGUGCUGUAAAGAUUUUUCAUAGCAUAAUUUUAGGAAAAACACUUGAGAAAUUCCAUUAGAUGAUAAUGAGUCCAAGGGUAAGCAAAGGUGUAACAAAAUGUGUGCCCUUUGCCUGAGAGAGUGUCAUGAUCUGGAGUAAGAGACAUGGCAGCAGCUUUGUCCAUGCGGAGACAGACUUGGAUAUAUACAUGUAUGGCAACAUAUGUGUACACGCACACACACACAUAUACACACAUACACACACAUAUACACACACACAAAUACACACACAUAUAUAUACACACACAUACACACAUAUAUACACACACACACUUACACAUACACACAUAUAUACACACACACACUUACACACACAUACACACAUACACACAUACACACACACUUACACACACACAUAUAUAUACACACACAUAUACACACAUACACACACAUACACACACAUAUAUACACACACACACUUACACACACAUACACACACACAUAUAUAUAUACACACACACACACACACACAGAGGCAUACAUUUUUUGUAUACAUGCAUGUAUGUAUAUAUGUGUGUGUGUGUCAAACAAUAUAUAUGUACACAUAAAUACACAUGCAUUAUGUAUGUAUGCUUGACCCACCACCACACAAAAAUAAAGCAACAAUAAGCUAAAAAAAAAAAAAACAAAACAAAAAACAAAAAAAACAAAAAAACAGAAAAUCGGCACACGCUGCUGCCCUGAGCCGAAGUGCCCGGCUUUGAGCACUUCAGCUUCAUUCUCACGGCUGGCUCAGUCUUCUAGCAUGUUCUGGACUCAAGCCUGUCACUCAUUCCGCCUGCUUUCAGAACUCUGUCUGUCUGCCCUAACUUUGAUUUCUUAGAAAUGGCUUCUAGUUUGGGCUCUUCCUCCGUUUAUCUUUUUGCGUUAGUGACUCAUACUCGAUAGUGGGAAAUCAGAGCUCUGGGCGUCUUGUGUGUGGUAUCCUUCAGCCUUCAAGUGACACACAGAAUUAUGUCAAAGCGGAGCUCCGACACGGUAAUUAGAAUGCUAUCACCAAUUGUGUUUUCAUUGGCCUCCAUGCUGGUCGGGAUCCAAUCACACACUUGCAAAAAUAAAACUUCUCUUUAGUUCCUUUCAUGAUGUGAUUUCUCAGCAGAGUGUGUGUCCAGCUGUAAGCCAACCUCCUGGUUGAUGUCUUAAUACAGGGAAAUUACUAACUCCAGGCGCACACCUUCCUCUAGACUGUUUGCACUCUGGCUUAGCGUAUUUUCAGAUUUGUUGAUUACAUACAAUUAAGGCAGAAUGCCUAACUUGACUUUUUUCCAGUUUAGCCCUGACACAGCGUUAUUUUCAUGAUUAAGGCAAUUUUCUUUUACCCUUGCUAAUUUUGAGACUCUUCCGAAGAUGGGAGUAUUCUCAGAUGUAAUGUUUCUUGAAUAAAAACGAUUUCUAAAAUCUGAGAAUUUUGGAAAUAUUUUCCUCAUAUAUUUUACCGGUAUACCUCCAGAGUGAAAAUCCACACUGAUAAGCAACUCUUGGUCUCUACAAACAUAACCCAUUUAAGCCACGAUGAGAACCUGAGUAUCUCUCAUUUUUGCACUAUUAAUCCAAACUAGGAAAGGGGAAUGAUUUCUCUAAGGAACUGUUUCUGAUUCUGAAAAAUAAAAUAAUUUUGUUAGAUUGAAGAUGACGUGCUUAUAGAGGAUUACCUUCAGGUAAAAUGAUUUCUAUGUAAUACCAACACUCUACAAGAUCAACUCCUGAUUCUUAGGGGUUUUAAUUCCCUUUAAUUCCCUUUGGUUAAACAGUACAGGUUUGGGGUUUUGUGUGUGUGUGUGUGUGUGUGUGUGUGUGUGUGUGUGUGUGUGUGUGUGUGAGUGAGAGAUCUGGGGAGACUGAACUGAACCCAGGGCUAUGCCCGGCCAGGAAAGUUUACACACUGUUGCUGUAUUUAAGGCAGAGGAACACAAGAAAACACUUAGCAUGUCAUCAACUUGGUUGCUUAUUUGUUGAACUGGGCAGAGCUAUCUAUCCUUUAACUGACAGAAAUAUAGACAGAUGGUGUAAGAGGAAGAAUUGGAGAAGCUCUUUGUGAAAAAUGUGGGGUAGACGCUGAGGUCAACAGCAAAGAGGCCGAGGACACUUGAGAGUGAGCCUGACCCUUGGCGAUGUGCAGUGAUGCCGGGGAGACAGCCUGGGAGGAGACGCCUGUCUGCGGGCUUAGGAAAUUUCCAUCAGUUUCCUUCCUGUGUUGGUCGGAAACCUAGUUUACAGGGCAGAAGGCCCCUCGGUUGACUUUCAUACUAGCGUUUCUGCACAGAAGCAGGGUCAAGGAGGACAAGAGAAGCCUGGAAGCCCGUUCCUGAGUGGGGUAGUCUAGAAAGGUCAGCAGUCUGCUCGUAUCACUGGCAUUACUGCUGUCCACGUUAGAACCAUGUGCAGCACCACCAGGGCAAAUGGAUGUGCCACUGUUCAAGCUCUUCCCUGUUUCUCGGCUUCCUGUGUUGGUGAUUAAUUCAUUGCCGUCCCCAUUCCUAACAAUUCUGCCUGCCAAGUGAAGCGGUGAUUCUGGGCCAAACGUGGCCCAAAACACUGAAGCAGAAGCUCAUAAUAUUUGGGUUUUUUUCCCUAUUAGAAAAACAAAUGAGAGACAAAAGUAAAAAUUAUAAAAAUAAAAAAAAGCACUUAAUUAAACAUGUGGAAUGUGUCUUAAAUAUUUAUGCCCCAAGUCCUGCUUUGUGAUGAUGCUUACAUUGCAAGAGAAGAUGUUCAGAAUGUGAUCAUCACUACAGAAGAGUGCCACAUUAACUUGCAUUAUUAGGGGGGGGAAACCAAAAAAAAAAAAAAACCUUUUCCCUCACAAUGCUGACACCUUUGUGACUGAGAGAAAGCAAGCAGUUCUUAAUUGGUCCCAAAGAAAAUUAUGUUUUCCGUUUCCCUGCGUGUACAUCUGACAUGUUGCCUCAUGUUCCGUUCCUUGAACUAUUGACGUGCCCCCUUUUCUGAUUCUUCCAACUACCCCGAGGACCGCUUCAUUGUAAUGAACUCAAAACAGCAGACACGAAGGAUCUAUCCUAAAUUCUUGAUGCUCUAUUUUCAAGUUGGUCACAUCUAGGCCACAGUUUUCCACAGUCGCUGUGGUAGUUGAUGGACCUAACGAAAGUUGCUACCUUUGGGGAGCCUUUGCGGGGCACGAGUCUUCUGGCUGUAAGAAAGUCCUGGCUGUGUAACUGUGCUCCUGGGUAGUAGGGUAGCCUGUCUGCUGAGUGCCUGGGUUUCUGCUCUUUCCUGUUUAAUCAGUUGGCCAAGUUCUGCCAGGGUUCCAGGGUUGAAUCUCCUGUGGUUUGUUCCCUGACAGACAUACAGAGAGAGGGGGGAGACAGACAGACAGACACCCUCUCCACACACUUGUUUAUCAAAUUCUUGACACCUGGGUCAUCUGAGAAACACAGCUAGCAUUUGUUCUCAUUCUAAGCAACUGUUCCUACUAAUGUCUUUCACCACUUGGCCGCAGCAGUCAUUGAGACCAAAGCGAACCAGUUGGGAGAUAAUCCCCGUGCAAACAUACAAGUGCCAGGCGACAUCUGUCUGUCAGUCUUUUGUGCAUUCUUAUUCACUUUCGUUUGUUUUCACGGGUGCGUGGUAUCUGAGGCUAUUAGAAUUUUAGAAAUCAGAGAGUCCUAUGUUAUCACAAUAUUUUUCCUUUUUUUUUUUUUGUAGAUACUUGAACCUUAGUUUUGUUUUCUUUUUGGAAAAUCAUGAUGAACACAUAUUUAACUAAUUUUCCUGAAAUAGAAUAUAUCAACAGUAAGAGAUUAAAGGCUUCGACCUAAAACGUGAACAUGUGUGUGUGCCUUCAAGUCUAGUGCUUCUGAACCCGUCUGCUCUGCACCAGGAUAUGACAUUGAGUUACCAAACCUGGGAAUUGAUGUAAGGGGGAUAGAAUCAUUUUGAAAAGGGGAUUUUGAAUGGUUGGCAUCAUUCAUUUCUCUUUGGUUGGGAGUAUUACUUACACAUCCAGUGCACAUGUACGGGAUGUGCGAGUGAGAUUGGAAGAGUUGGAGUUUACAUGUGGACCACUGUCCUGUCUUGAGACCUUCUGGUGUCUCGUUUUCAGUUCUUUGAGACAUGGAGACUGUACUUGCCCUGCUGUGCUGUGGCAUCCAGAAUAAUCCCUCCUUUGUGUUUCGGUACCUGGGGUCUUAACCUCUCUGGUCCUCCCUGCUCUUCCAAGUCUGCAGUAGCCACUACAGUCCCUUGCCUUUCUGCUCUUGGCUCCUUUCACUCACCAUGACAGACUCUGGCUCUGCCCACCAGGCUACAAACAACCGGAUUUCACCCUUCCUUUUUAAGCGGAGGGAUAAUAAUCCUCUUUUAAGCUACUCAUCUGUUGACCGACACUGUGAUUUGGCUACUGUGGACGGCCAUUGUAAACAUGGGGAUGCAGGCGUGUCUAAUAUAACAACGUGCUCCCCUUCGGAUUUUUACGUAGAAGAGCUUACUGAAGCGUUCUGGAUCAUUUAGGAGUUCUGUUUCUGUCUUUUUAUUAAAAAAAAAAUAUAAUCUGUUUUCCAUAAUGAGUGUUCUAAUUUAUAUUUUUAUUAACAGAACUUCAACAUUUCUCUGCUUUUUCAACAUUUUAUUCUUUUUUCCACUUUAUUUUGUGUGGUGGAAACAGUCUUACUCUGUAGUCUGCCACUCUGCAGCUCUUAAUGGAGCCCAAGCUGGCCUCAGACUUCCUACGACUGUCCUGCCUCCUCUCCCCAGAACAGGGAUCUCAGGUGCAAGCCACCUCUCUAGCCCCAUUUGUUGUCUUUUAUGAAUGCAAACACUUUAACUAGGGUGAGCUGGUGUCUUGAUGUGCCUUGUUAAUACACGUCGGUGGUGAUUAGGAUGAAUGUCUAUUGUACAGAGCUGCAAUUAGACUUAGUCCAGGCAACUGUAGACACAACACAUAGAGAAAUGCAUUAAGACCAGCAUUAACAAUAAGUUGUCACUUUUAAAUAUUUAUCAUUCGGAAAGGUAAAGAAACAAGGCAGGUUUUCCUUUGGUUGUUUGUGUUUAAUGUGUCCUUUAUUUGAAAGCCACUCUCCUGAGUCUCCGGUGUGAGUCCACAGCUUGGACCCUGUCAUGUCUACACUUCUACCUCAGCAUAUCUCAAGUUAAAGCUUUCCUAGUCCAGGUAUCAGGCACUUCUGUUUAGAUCACGUGGAGGAGAAGCAUAGUCUGAAACCCCUCACAGGCCUUCUGCUCUGGCUUGUCUAUGAAGCACUUGAGCUUAUUAUUGUUAUUUUAAAAUGGUUUGAUGUCAGGGUGGUUGAACGGACAGGCAUACUGGUCCAGGGGAAGAGUCGUCUAUUUAUUAAGAAAUGAUGUUUAAUAAGUGCAAGCAAUAUAUUCUUUGCCUGCCUGGUAGCUCAGCCAGCUAGAGGACCAGUCCAGAUAUGAGCAGGGACAAUACAAUCCAGUGUGUUGUUGAGCAGAGACUAUUUGGUUCCAAGUGAGGGAUAUUUACCCCAGUGGCUACCGUGUGGCUCUGUGAACACUGGGCAUGUGUUGCCUCUGGAAAUCUGUAAAGAAGGUCCGGAAGAGCAAAUCCAUUACUCCUACAUGAUGCUUUUCAAAAGUGAGACAUGGGAGAGCUGUGUUUUCCCUGAGGUCCUGCCACAAUUAACAAGCAGCCUGUCACAGUUUGGAUCUUAAAUGUUUCCAAGGCUCCUGUGUUUUAGAAAAGGCUUGGUCACCAUCUUGUGGCACCAUUAGGAGGUGGGGCCUAAGGAAGUUAGAUCAAUGGGGGCAUGGCCAUGGAGAGGACAUUCUGGAUGCUGGCCCUAUAUUCUUUGCUUCUCAGAUGCCAUAAGGUAAGCAACCGACUUCCGACACCUGCUCUUAGAGUGUACUCCCUUAGCACAGCCAUCACAAUGAGGCUAAAUGACAGGGGUACUCAAACAUGAGCCGAAAUCUUCCUCGCCUAAGUUCAUAGCAUUUUGUCACAGCAGUGAAGAGCUGACUAACAGGGUUCAGUCCAGGGUCUGGGCUGGAAGACUUUAAAGAUCACGAAGUUGAAGGCAUUUCAGUGUUUUCAGAUAAGGCCACACUAUGAUAGUCAGGUUAGACUCUCCAUGUCUCUGGGCUCUGGGCAUAGUUCAAAUUAGCAAAACCGAAGACCUUCACUAGGAUAAGGCAUAAGUCUCUGGCACACACUUAGGUAUUAAAGAAAAAAAAUUAAACUGAAUUUCCUAGGUUUCUGAAAGGUUCUUGGAUUCAUACUCAUAGUCAGUCGUUAAGUAGAAAAUCUUCGGGAAGCUGGUAUUCAGAGGACCGAUGGGACAAUGAAAGGCUACCCUAAGAUGGGUGUCCCAGAGAAUACCAUGGGGAGGGGAAGACCCUGGAGAGGGGAAGACGGUGACAGUCUAAUGUGGUCUACAGUCACCAGCAUUUUCACUACAGGGCUAGAAAGCAGAGUGGUUAGGAUUGGAAGGGAGGGGGAUACUGUGUGAGCCAGGAACAACAGCUUUAUAAAUAUUUCCUUGCAAGAUGGACCUUUGAGUUCUUGUCUUUAAAACUCUGCUGCGCUAGCAAAGGUGGGGGGGGGGUGAGUUCUGUCCCUUGAUAAACAAUAAAAGAAGGAAUAUACUCAUGGAAGUAAAAGGCUGUUAUAUUUAGUUUACUGAGCCUCAUCCUCCAUCAAAACUGUCAUAAGAUCCACUUGAUAAGUCUUAUCUCCAGUUCAGCAAGUAAAUAUUGAAAAACAGAGGCAGCACUUCUUGUAUAAAAUUUUUUUCUACUUGGUUUAUGUUGCUAGGGGUAGGGGGCUUCUCCUACCUGACAGCCUCUCCCCACCUGAUGCCUCUCCCCACCUGACAACCUAUCCCCAUCUGACAGCCUCUCCCCACCUGAUGCCUCUCCCUACCUGACAGCCUCUCCCCACCUGAUGCCUCUCCCCACCUGACAGCUUCUCCCCACCUGACAGCUUCUCCCCACUGACAGCCUCUCCCCACCUGACAGCCUCUCCCCACCUGACAACCUCUCCCCACCUGACAGCCUCUCCUCACUGACAGCCUCUCCCUACCUGACAGCCUCUCCCCACCUGAUGCCUCUCCCCACCUGACAACCUCUCCCCACCUGACAGCCUCUCCCCACUGACAGCCUCUCCCCACCUGAUGCCUCUCCCCACCUGACAACCUAUCCCCACCUGACAGCCUCUCCCCACCUGAUGCCUCUCCCUACCUGACAGCCUCUCCCCACCUGACAGCCUCUCCCCACCUGAUGCCUCUCCCCACUGACAGCCCCUCCCCACCUGACAGCCUCUCCUCACUGACAGCCUCUCCCCACCUUACAACCUCUCCCCACCUGAUAGCUUCUCCCCACCUGACAGCUUCUCCCCACCUGAUGCCUCUCCCCACCUGACAGCUUCUCCCCACCUGACAGCUUCUCCCCACUGACAGCCUCUCCCCACCUGACAGCCUCUCCCCACCUGACAACCACUCGCCACCUGACAGCCUCUCCUCACUGACAGCCUCUCCCCACCUGAUGCCUCUCCCCACCUGAUGCCUCUCCCCACCUGAUGCCUCUCCCCACCUGACAACCUAUCCCCAUCUGACAGCCUCUCCUCACCUGAUGCCUCUCCCUACCUGACAGCCUCUCCCCACCUGAUGCCUCUCCCCACUGACAGCCCCUCCCCACCUGACAGCCUCUCCUCACUGACAGCCUCUCCCCACCUGACAACCUCUCCCCACCUGACAGCCUCUCCUCACUGACAGCCUCUCCCCACCUUACAACCUCUCCCCACCUGAUAGCUUCUCCCCACCUGACAGCUUCUCCCCACCUGAUGCCUCUCCCCACCUGACAGCUUCUCCCCACCUGACAGCUUCUCCCCACUGACAGCCUCUCCCCACCUGACAGCCUCUCCCCACCUGACAACCACUCGCCACCUGACAGCCUCUCCUCACUGACAGCCUCUCCCCACCUGAUGCCUCUCCCCACCUGAUGCCUCUCCCCACCUGACAACCUAUCCCCAUCUGACAGCCUCUCCUCACCUGAUGCCUCUCCCUACCUGACAGCCUCUCCCCACCUGAUGCCUCUCCCCACUGACAGCCCCUCCCCACCUGACAGCCUCUCCUCACUGACAGCCUCUCCCCACCUGACAACCUCUCCCCACCUGAUAGCUUCUCCCCACCUGACAGCUUCUCCCCACCUGAUGCCUCUCCCCACCUGACAGCUUCUCCCUACCUGACAACCUCUCCCCACCUGAUGCCUCUCCCUACCUGACUGACAACCUCCCUGCACUUGACAGCUACACCCAAUCUAACAACCUCUCCCACCUGACUGACACCCUGAGACCCUAUGCCCAGCUGAGAGCUGCCCCUCCCAACCUGAUAGCCCAGCCCCAUCCCAGAGAGCCUUUUCUUUCCUGAGAGCCUCUCCCCUUGAAAGCUGCUUCCCCUGACAGCCUCUCUUCCUGACAGGUUCUGCCUGCUUGCAUCUUUCUCCUGCAUACACUGAUCCUUUGUCUAAGUACUGAUAACUCCUGUCUCCACUACAGAUUCCUGCUUUAUUAGAGCAGGGAGUUUUUCUCUUUUCCCCUUUGUUCUAUGGCCCACUCCAGCCUUGAGUUUACAGGCCAAGCCGACGUCCAUCCCAUGACAGCUGCUGUAGCUGUGCUGAGAAUAAGGGUGGUUGUCACAUGGGCAAUGACAGCAUGAACGGUGCCGGAGUCACCCUCACUCUUCUUUACAGUGUUUCCUCUUCAGGACUUGUGCUCUCCCACCCUAGUCCUCCUGUUCUGGGAGCCUGCCAUCAUCGUUAGGGGAAGAAGAAAAGCUUCUCAGUUCACAUACUCUAAGUGAUGGCUGGAGACUAGGAGAAAAGGGAGCACUGCCCCAAAAAAAAUGCUUUUUUUUUUAACACAUUCCUUAUUCCUUCUCAUUCUCAUGUCACUUCUUAAGAGGACGCUGGCUUUGUCAGUAACUGCCAAUACUGUCUAUGGCUGCUACUCUGUGCACGCAUGGUAUUGGAGUCAGUGAUCCAGGAUGGCCAGGAGGAGCAAGCUGGAGCCAACACUCAGAGCUCUGGGUUUGGGUGGAAUUGGGGCCUGAUAAUCAGCAGGCACAAUAUGAAACUGCAAAGUUGUAAUCUCUGAAUGACUGAGAAAGACAUUUAUGUAAUAGUAGCUUUAAUUGAGUCAUUCAUAGACAUGGUUUGUGUCCUGUACAAUUCACACAGUCGGAGUAUAUGCUUGAGUCAUUUUUAGUCUGUUCAUAGACCUGUUAGCUAUCAAUGCUAUCCAUUUAGACCAUGUUAAAAACAUGGGUGGGGUGAGAGAGGGAGAGAGAGAGAAUGUGAGACUGUGUAGGCAGGCAUGUGCUGUGGUAUUUAUUCAUGUGGAGGCCAGAGAAGAACCUGCAGGAGUUGAUUCCCUCCUUCCACCGUGUGUGUCUCCAGGAUCAAACUCCAGAUGUCAGAUGUGGCUUGGCAGCAAGCUCCUCUACCCACUGGGUCAUCUCACUGGUCCUAUUUUAAAACAUUUUCCUGUCACCCUGCCCCCAGAAGAAACCAGGACCCAUUUCUCAUGCCAAAUCCUGUUGCUCCUGGGCCCUAGGUAACGGCUGAUCUAUUUGGUCUCUGUAGAUUUGCCUGUUUGGGGCGCUUCAUAAACCUGGGACCGUGCAUGGUCUGUAUGACUGACUUCGUCACGUUUUCAUGCUUCGUGUGUUACAGGAGCCCACUGCGUGACUUUUUGACAUGCUCUGUGUGCACUCGCCGUCGAUGGCUGUUGGGGUUGUGCUUACUAUGGGGUUUGUGAUGGCUGCUCUAAUGUUUGUAUUCCUUCUCGUGUGGAUGAAUGCUUCACUCCUGGUGGCCCACCCGAGAGCUGGGUGCUGGGCCUCACGGUGACCUUACGUUUAACCCUUGAGCAUUGGCCACACUGCUUUUCAACUGAAAUGGGCUAUUUUGCAUUCUUAUCACCCAUUUUAGCUCCAGUUUUAGCAGAUUCCCCACCCCGAAAUUUCAUAUUUUUGUAUUGUAAUCAUCCUAGCAAGUACAAGGGAUGAUUUCACUGUGGUUUACGUAUGUGUUUCUCUAAAAUUUAAUGAUGCUCAGUGACUUUAUGUGUUUAUGAACAAUUUGUAUAUUGCCCUUGAGAAAUAUGUAAUCAAAAUUUUGCCUGCUUUUAAAUAUCCUUUAAAAAGAAAACACACACACACACACACACAUACACACACACACACAAAACUGGGUUAUGAGGGUUUUUUAUUCAAACUAGAUGCCAUAUCUUAUCAAAUAUAUGAUUUUGAAAUAUUUUCUCCCUUUAGAUUGGUUGUCUUUUUUUAAUUUAAUUUAAUUUUAUUUAUUUAUUUAUGUUUUUGAGACAUAAUCUCGUGUACCUGGGCUCAAGCUUGCUAUGUUGCCAAAGAUGACCUUUAACUCGUCACUCUCCUGCCUCCACGUUGAAUCAUUAGCAUUUCAGGCCACCAUGCUCAUCUUCUUCCCACUUCUGCUUGGCAUAAUUUGUUUCAUGGAAGGUUUUUGGCUUUUCUUUUUUCAGCUUCAUUUUGCUGAAUCUCAAUUUAUUUCCCUUUUCUUGUUUACAUUUUUUUAUUUUCCAUGCCCAAUAAAUCUUUGCUGGAACUAAAGUCGUGACAGUUUCCUCUCUGCUCUCUGCUAGGAGGUUUCCAGUUUGGCUAUUACAUGUGAGCUUUGAUCCGUCUUGAGUCCUUAUUUAUACAUGGGGAGGGCCGAGGUCCCAGCCUCAAAGUCUUCCAGGGCAAUGCUCAGUACCAUGUGUCGCAGAAAGUGGUGUUUCGUUUCUGAAUGGUCUUAAACCUGGUAUACAUUUAUAGUUUUUCUUUUAUACCUGAGAUUUAUAAUGUAAUUAUUUCUCCUUUCUCUUUCCUCUCUCCAAACCCUCCCAUAGAUCCCUGCUUGCUCCAUUUUCAAAUUCAUAGCCUCGUUUUCCACUAUUACUACACACAUUUAUGUACAUGCAUUUAUAUAACGUGUUUCUAAAUACAACCUGCUCGGUGUAAUGUAUGUGUGCAGGGUUGACCGCUGGGCAUUGGGUAAACAACUGAUUGGCGUGCUCUUCUCUGGGGAAGAUGGUUUUUCUCCUUCUCAGCGUUCCUUAGUUGCCUGGAGUUCUUUGUGAAGGGUUGAGACCUCUCGGUCUUCCCCUCAUCCACUUCAGCAUGUCUAUUGUUGUCCCUGUUCAGUUUGUGUUUCGGCAGCCAUGUUGUCGAGACUGUGGGGAGUGGCUUCCAAUAUUCCUAGGAGACAUAGCAAACUCUCUGAUCUGGCCCUCUGGCUCUUAUGCUCUUUCUGCCUCCUCUUCCACAUUCCCCUGAGCUGUGGUGUUAGAGUGUUUUGCUCAUAUAUUCAUUGGGACUGAGCUCUACAACCCUGCAUUUCCAUUGGUUGCAGUGUCCUGUGAUGGUUCCCAUCUAUUCCAAAAAAUAGUUUCCUUGUUGAGGGGUGAAGAGACCCAUGAGGCUCGUAUGAGGACAACUAGAAUGCAAUUAGGAAUUGUGCUGUCUUAGGAAAGUGCUGGUUGUAGGUCAUGUGUGAACGAGUCUUAAAUUAAACAUAUGUUGGUUACCACCGAGGUGUGUGCUCCUACUGCAUUCUGAACGUUGCUGUGCCAUGGUGGUCCUUGUUGAGGUUCGUAGGCAUCACAGCUGAGUCGGUGUCACUGCUGACUGACUCCUUUGGAAGCUUGGAUGAUGACUUCUGGUGUCGUGAAAGCUAGUCUGUAAGGGAAGGAACAUUCGAGUCGAUUUUAGCUCCCAGAUCUCUGGGCCCUGUUCCUGAAGUGCACGAUGGCUUCAGCAAUAGACACUUACCUUCUUAAUAGGAAUAGCCCAUUAAUUUUGGAACUCUGUUGUACAACACUGACCAAAAACUCAAAAGAGGGCUUUUCAUGCCUUGAUGCCCUGUGUGUCUUGUUGUUGUUGUUGUUGUUGUUAAGUGAUCUCUGGCUCUUUGGAGGAAGCAUUAUUAUCCCAGAAGAUUUUAUUUAAACAGUAUAUGAAUAUUUAUAUACAGAUGUGCAUGCAUUUCUUUUCGCUUAUCAUAAUAAUGUGCUUUCUUGUGACUUUUUCAGACAUCCUUACUGUUAGGCUACCCUCCUCUUCCUCCUCCUCCUCCUCCUCUUCCUCCUCUUCCUCCUCUUCCUCCUCCUCCUCCUCUUACUCCUCUUCCUCCUCCUCUUCCUUCUCCUCCUCUUCCUCCUCUUCCUCUUCCUCCUCCUCCUCUUCCUCCUCUUCUUCUUCCUCCUGUAUUUAUCUCUAUUCUCUUUCCCUAAUUAGAAUCCCUCCCUCCUUUUUCCCAUUUCCCUAAUCAAACGACUUAUACCCUGCUAUUCCUCUCUCUACAGACCCCCAUGGCCCUACCUCAGAUAUGGUCCCUUUUUAUUUUCUUAGUUUCCAGCCUAUGUACCCUCACAACUAAGAUUUGGAGUGAGGAGCUCUGGUGAGAGAGAACAUGAGGUUUAUCUUUCUGAGUCCAGGUUACCUCACUCUUAAGUUAGGGUUAUUGUUACUGUGAACAAACACCAUGAGUAAAAGGAGCUCGUGAGGAAAGAGUUUAUUCAGCUUACACUGCCACAUCACUGCUCAUCAUGGAAGUGUUCUACCUCCACUCCGUGUUUUUGAGUGUGAGCGAUGGCAGGUACACAAACUGAGGGCCCAUUUGCUCUCACCCUGCCUCUACACUACAGUGUCUAAGUGAUUAAUAAUUUGUGUUUGCUUGCUUGACUAUGUGGUGUUUUGUUCUGAUGAGUUGUAAAAGUUAAUGCUACCCUGAGAAGAGAAACAAAGGCUGCGGGGAAACCAGCAGCAACUGGGGAACAUCUGCCUGGGACACCCCUGGAGACCCACUGUGCAUCCAUGGAAGGAAACCAAGGUUUUCAUGUCUUUUUAGCCAAGAACAACAAAGAUUAAAUUGCCAGUAAAUUGUUUUAAAUUGCGGUUUUAAACUUUUAUUUAAAAGGGGAGGUUUAUACUUGUAUUCGUUUACUGAAUGACAGUGAGGCUGUCUGUUCUCAUUAGCUCCUGGCAUUGCUUAGAACCAGACAGAUGGCCAUCUGACACAGAGACAGACAGACUCUGCUGCUAUAGCACGGCAGAGGGAGUGAGAGGGAGAAGACAUCUCUUUUCAAGUGGCAGAACAUUCCUGCAGGCAUGCGGACACGCUGGCCAUGGGCAUCUCUGGUUUCAGUGGGCAAACUUUGCCAUGUUCUGUGUGAAUUAGGGUACAGCAAAGAGCUCUUGGGUGGUUUGGGGAUGCAGUGCCCAUGGGAUUCCUUGGUGGACCUCUGAGGUCCUGGCCCCAAACCAGUGCAAGGAGGAAUUUUGUGCUAGACUCCAGGCUCUCCGUUUAGAAUGUCGUCCUACUUCAUUUCCUCAAGUCUAACACAGGCCAAGUCUGACGACUAGGUCAGCCUGUAUUCUCCCUUAGGGAUUGAGCAGUUGGCUCUCAGGGGGAAAAUCAGAUUCUUGGUCCUGUGAGCACGCUGGCCUCUCUCAAAGCCAGAGAGCAGCUUUCUUGAGGUGAUGGCAGCUGGGCUUCCUCCCUGAGGGGCAGUUAGUGAGAAGGGUCCCUGAAUUGAGAAAACUAGUGGGUGAGUAUAUGACUUAAGGGAAAUUUCCUGAAGAGAGAAGUAAACAUCUCUUCACCCUAGAUUGGGUGCUGGAAACAGGUCAAGGGCAUGAGCCCAAAUCAAGGGAAACCUCGGUGAGCAAUGGUUUAAUUCAAGUUGCUGCAGGGGCAACUUACCAGUGGCUACACCACUGAAGACAGUGUUUGUCCCUGAAGUUGAGCAUGUUCUCAGAGAGGGAUAAGGCUUUCAGGGUCCCUCUAUCAGGAGGGGCUAUCUGCCUAAUCCUUGAGGAGGAGAGGGGCCUCAUGAGCCUCUACCUCCUCCAUGAUGGAUGAUUAAAAAGCUGAACCUUGUUCAUACCUCACACUAUUAUCCUGACUUCUGAGAGUUCAAAGUUAGUCAGCUUCACUAGUGUAGGACUUGGACACCAGAUAGAGUCCCAGGGGUCCUCAAGUCUCCACCACUUAGUGCCCUACUGCACAGGGUUCAAGAAUCAAACUCAGAGAUACGUGUUUGGAAGGCCAGAGUUUUACCAAUAGUUCUUGCUUAUUGAUGAGUGUUAUAGCUUUCAGAAAACUCUGUGUUGUGGCCUUCAAGAACUCAAACUUCACAGACCUCCUACUAAGUGCUUACAAAACCUCACGCUAUGGCUCUGGGCUGGUCCAAGUACUAGAACUUGGGGCUAAGGCCCUGGUUCUGAACAUUCUAAGCCACGAGUGUCUUUAAAGUUAACUUUAUCGAGAUGCAAUAUGCCAGCAAUCCAGCCAUUUGGGUGUAUAUAAUUCAGUGUUUCAUAAUCCACUCACAGAUACAUGCAUACACCCUCAUCUCAAGUCAGUUCUAGAACACUUCCAUCACCUCAACAAGAAACCCUGUGGUACUUUGGUAGCCACAGCCCCAAGCAGCUACUUACCUACCUCUGUCUCUGAAGAUGCACCAGUUUUCAGCUCCCUGUGCAAGGAGAAUCCUCAGGGUAUUUCUCAUCUGGCUUUCUUCUUGGUGCCUUGUUACCUCUUAGGGGUGGAUGAUUCUCUGUUGCAUGCACAUGGUAUAUUUGUUUAUCUGUUUGUCAGCUGUCGGACACCUGGAUGAUUCCCAUCUUUCCUUCCAUGGACAUCUGUCAGCAGGUUUUUGCAUGAAUGCGUUUUCAUUUCUGCCAGGUGCAUGUCCAGCAGUGGGUUGCACUGCCGAGCUGUUUGUUCCUGCAGCUGUCCCCUUUCCCACCAGCAGUGUUCAGGGUUCUGAUUUUCUCAGGUUGUCACGUAAUGUUGUAUUAUAAUGGGACAUAUCCUGUGACCCAGUUAACGGCCAUCAUGUUGGAUGCCCAGUUGGAAUCUCACUGAGGGAGCUGUGGGUCUGAACCCUGCAGCAAUGUUCUCUGCUAACAGAUGGCCCUCUGGGUUGAGUUUCUCUUUCUUCUGGUUGGCUUUAGCUCAUCCCUUUUGUACUGGGGACUCUGUAACUAGGUCGUACCCUCAGAGCCUUACCAGUGCUAUCCCUGACAAGGCCCUUGGGAGGUCCGAUUCUCCCAAAUGGUGUCUACACUAGGGAGGCACAGGGGCUGCAUGACUGACUGCUUUCAGCUUUCCCUCAGACACUGAUGGAUGUGUAUGCGCAUCCCAUAUGUACGUGUGAUUUGACACAUCUGACCUUCCUUCCUGCAGGUCUUUUGCAUAGCGGUUCUCUGCCAGCUGGAAGAGCCUUCUCCCAGACUACUAUAGCCCGUACUAAUAUGUGGACAUGACAGAUUGUUUUGAAUUGGUGAAGAGAGUUGUUUGCAUAUAUAAGAGCACAUGUGGCAUGGGAACCACAAUAACGUGUCUUUUCCAGUCUCUGAGCAAGGAACUCUUCCUUCGUGAGGCUGUGUGCACCUAAGCGUGUAUCCCCAGUUCUAUGUCAGUUAGCCACUCCCAUUGUUUCUAUUUUUUCUAAUAAACAUUUUAUUACAAUUAUUUGUUUACUUAGUGGGAUGUGUUCAUGCACAUGUGCAAAGCCACAGCAUGCAUUUGGAGGUCAGGAGACAAUGUCUGGAAGUCCAUGCUCGCCUUCCACCAUGCCGGACCUUGGGAUCGAACUCAGGUCAUUAGGCUUGGUAGCAAGCACCUUUCCCCCUCCUUACCCCCUAAGCCCUCUCCCCAGCCCCUUCUCCAUAAUGUUUUUUACCUUGUGACUCAUAUUACUGCCUAUUUGCUCCAUAGUUAAAUGCAUAUAAAUGGAAUUGUAUUGUUUUUACAGCAUAGUUUUUGUCACUGAAGGUUAUGUUUUAAUCCAUGCUAAUUUAUGUAGAGGCAGUAUAUUUGUUUUCACUGCUGUAUAGUAUUCCAAUGUAUGAAUACUACCACAACUUAUUAUUAUUCUCCUGUCAAUAGAUAUUUGGUUUGUUGCCAGACUUGGGCUUUUCCAUGCAAUGUGACUACAAAAUUAGUUUAAGUCCCCUUGUGCAGAUAUUUUUAUAUGGGAAUAGAGCCUUUGGUAGUGCAAUUAUUAUUUGGGUGUAAAUUCUUGCCAAGGUGUACUUUUAGGGUUCAUCCAGACUGGACUAUGACAUGAUAUCUCCAGGUCUUAAGUUUAUGUCACUCUCAUUGCUAAUGUGAUGACAAUGUGUUUUGUCUUAGUGUCUCUGACUCUUCUACAGGAACGGGACACAGCAGGUUUCUUCUAAUUACCACAUGGCCAUAACUUCUUAUUUUCCAUUCGUCCCCUUUGGGGUUUUCUGUAUUCUUUUAAAAUCUCACUUAGGUAGAGUUUGUUUGUCACUGGCAGAUCUGUGUAGCUAGAGAAGUCUGCCCAUUCGUGCAAGGGCUGUGCUCACUGCUGAUGUCUGGGUGGCUAGAAGAGGAGAGAGAAGAGUUUGUAGCUGUGGUGUUAAGCCACUUUCUAAUGUGCACCAGGAUUUCUACCUUCUGCAUAAUCUGCAUCGUUAGGUUCUCUUACAUGGUGUUCUUGACCUUUAGAAAUGGAGACUACCUGAGUGGGCCUACGUCUGGGGUUGGGGUGUGUGCAUGGGAAUGUAACUCGGUGCCCAGCAUGUAUAAGUGUCUCCAUCCUAUCCCUACUACCACAAAAGCAACCUAUAAGUCAACUUAAGCUGAAAGCUUGAACAUAGGUUUUUUUAAGUGAAGAGGAUUUAACGGGGGCAUUGUUUGAAGAAGGGGAAGGCUGAACAACUGAGAGAAACAGGUAGCCUCUGGGAACCUGGAGUGGUCCGAGUGCCUUUUGGCAUGAUCAUGGGGAUCUCAGCUCCAUAGCUGUGUGGGUAUAAAUCCCACCAUAGCAAUGGAAGCUUCAACGGUGACCCAGAUAAGAACUUGGCCUGGCCAAUAUCUGGAUGUUAACCCCAGGCAGCCAUAAGGAUGAGACCUACCAUGUUAGAGUAUAAAAUUGGGUGCUUUUAGAUGUUUGUCAGCUUCCCAAAUAUGAAAUGGUUCUAAUUUUAUAUUUUCCUAAUUGCUAAUGAGAUGACCGGAGUCCUGAUGGUAUCGUAAAUACCCCAUACCAUGCAGAUAAAUUCAUCUUCUCUCUCUCCCCUUCUCUGUACUGCAAACAACAGUCACCACACACGUUACAAAUGGGAAAGCUACUGGGAAAUGGAUGCUGCUAUUGUAGAGCCAAGACGAAUGAGUUCAGUGAAAACAGUCCUGUGCUUUGGAGAAGGUCUUGUGACAGUAUUUGAACAAUUUCGGAAGAUAGCGAACGUAAGUAUUUAGCAUUCAGGAGACAGGUUAGCCUGGGGACAGAUUUGCAGUGGCCGUUCGGAUAGGUAAGCUUUGGAAAUGUGAUCUGAAGGUAGUGGAGCAGACAUGAGGUGAGCACAGGGCCUGGAGCAGCACUGUGUGGUGUCACAUGAAAGCCAGGGCCUAAGGGGUUGAGUCAGGGCAAUAGAAGCUCUCAAAUCUCUGAGUUCCUGUUGUAUACUAACUGCUUUCUGAAGGACCGCCCGGUCUCACCUGAUGUUUCUCUGAUUCACAAGCUGACUUUGGCUUAUGGUUCCACAGCACAUACUUCUAGCCCUUGGGUUGUUCUCUGAGAUUGGGGAGACAAGUAGCGGUUAUGUUGGAGUCCCCUUCAGUAGGAGCAUCUUGUGUAAAGAACAAAUCAAUGAAUGAAAACCGUGUCUUCAAGGUGUCAUAGGACCAUUAGCACAAGUUGAGUCCCUGAAGUGUCUGGACAAUCUAUGACGGUAAGUAUGCAGUUCAGAUUCAUUUCAUUUUGUGUGAGUGCAGGACACCAUUAACUUUCCUUGCUUCUAGCUAUCAUAAACUAACAAGCAUUACCAGAAUAGGCAAGUGAUAGAAGGACUUAUGUGCUUAUGUGCCAUGUCAUAUUCUGAGCACUUCACAGUAACUGUCACAUGCAGUCACCAUAUUCAAGCUCUCUGAGAAAAACUAAGAUAAAAUGAUAGCCACUUCAUCUCUGAAGGCCAUGUCAGCCUGAAGGAGACUUUCUUAUCUGCCAACAGGAUGCACUAAAAGACUUUCCCUUGAGUCAACUGUUCCACUUUCUACUUCCUGUUUCCAUGCUCACACAUCUGGGAAGUCUUGCCAAAAGUCUUAGCUUAACAGUGGGAAUGAGCCUAGAAGUUUUCCACCCACUCUGAGAUUGGGGUUAGCAAUGGUGAUGUUGAUCACAGUGAUGUAUAGAUGUCUAAGUCCUCUUCAGACCCUGGAGUCACUUGGAUUCCCCGCACUGAGAGAAUGCACACCAGAGCCUGCACCCACACCUCACCAGGGUACAGGCCCUGUGGGAAGGGAACAGGGGCCAUCUUGAGAUAUGGGGGUGAAGUUGUCUGUCUGGUCUUCAAGAGUGUCUCUGACACAGGCCUAGCUUGGGAAUCUGGUGACUGCCUUUACCUGACACCAUCAAUGGCACAUUACCCUAGCUGGCCUUAAGCAUCGUGGGUCAUUGAGUGUUGAGGGAAUGUGUAGACGUGGAACAGGAAGGCCAAGAUGGCAGGUGAUGAGAAUGCCAGGGUGCUGGUAUCGCCCACCCAGUAUGCUCUCUUUUGUAGUAAAGUCCCCUUCUAGGCACACUCAAGAUUACAUUUAAUGCUCACCUAGGCUACCUUGGUUUAUAUCCCUGUCUCAAGGUCCAGAACUAUACAUGGAACCUUCCUUUUUGAUUUUGAGGGUAAAACUGACAAUAUCCAGGGAUCAGGGUAGGAACGUGCUUAGGGCGGUUUCUUAGUCCACCCUGGGUGUCCUGAAAGGGGUCCCUCUCGUUGGAGCUCAGACCUUAGAGGAAAGUAUUUCUGUGUAAAUUAACCCCAGGAUGGUAUGAGGUAUAAACUGGGGAGUCUGACAAGUGUUUUAGCUUGAUCCUGUGUAACACACUUCCUUCCAUGAUGCUAAGAAGCGUCACUUGGGGUAUUCAAGGCUGCAAAAAAAGAAUUCUGUGGUCUGUUGGUGUCUUGCAAACCAGCAAAACAUUAUAUCCCAUAAAAUGCUGUAGGCAACCAGAAAAAAAAUGAUUUUGGCAUUACCACAUUUUUCUUCCCUCUCCUCAAAGCCAAAGGGGCCCCACACCGCAUAUCAGUCUUUGCAGUUCUAAAAUGCAAAUCUUGACGCCUCCGGACAACAUGAUGUACACCCACACGCCAUGGGAACCUCCGUCCCAGAUGAGUGGAAAUGCUCAUAGCCAUAGUCAGUUAUUACCCAAAUAAACUUCCUCAGAGGACGAUUUCCAAUGCAAGCUACAGACCAGUAAUAAAACACAAACUAGAAGUGUCCUUCAGCAACAAAAACACACGGACUGUUUUUCUAUAUAAUAUUUCACAUUAAAUGUAAUUGUAGAUUAACUUUUAUAGAGAAAAUAUUUAUUCAGGCCAGAUCUGCCUAAGUCCCUUCAUUUCCUCCAGCAUGAGAAGCCACUGGGAAUACAGUUCCCUUUGUAAUUUCCUACCCACUUGCCCCAGUUAUGGACAGGACAUUAAGUCUGCAAACCCUACACAUGGGAAACUACCCUAGAUGGAAAUCUGUAACAGGCCAGAAGCCUGACUUUGGAGAGGAAGCCCCAGCCUGGUCCAGACUUUGCUGCUAGCCCCAGAGUCACGGGACCUUGCCCAGCUGCCGUAGCGCUCUGUGCCUCAGAGUUUUCACAGUUCAAGCAGGGCAGCAAGCAGGGAUCAAAUCACCUGCAAGCUUCCUUCCUGCACGCACUGCUUGCUGGGGUUCAUCUUUCAAAGAAUCACACACUGUGCCCCCACCAAGUGAAUACAAAAGCCUGUUUUUAUAAUCUCUAUCCAAUGUCAAGAACUCAGAAUAAAUUUAACAAUGCCUAAAUUCCCAGGGUGGAGCUCAGAAGCAAUAAAGCUCGCCAGUGAGGCACACCUGGCUUUGAGUCCUGCCUCCACCGGUCACCAGCUGUUGAGGAAGUGGCUCGGAUCACAUUUUCUGUGAAUGCGCCAUGCUUCAUGUGUCUGUGAACAUGUAGGGAGCACAAUGUGUGGCUAAUAGUGUCACCUGCUUAAAAGUGGAGGUGAAAGUGUCCUGUCCGAUUUUUGUCUAUAUUGAGCCCCUAUCUUCAGUCAAGCCAGGAAUAAAGCUUGUAUUAUGUUUUCUGGGUUAGGGGUAGUAUGUGAUCCAUGUGACAGACAGAAUACCUCUGCCUUGGGGGAGACUGGCGUUUUAGGCAAUAGCAUUGUCUCACUAGCAGGUAUUCAAGGUGAUCCUCUGAACACCUCACUCUAUCACACAGUUGCAAGAACCAGCAAGACAAGCCAAUAGCCUCCACAGAGUACUGUUUCCACAAGUGUGGGCUUCUCAGCAGACGUCCCCACUGAGUGCAUCGUGGGAAUUUGGAAUCAUCACACAGAGGUGCAUAAGGAAGAGUGGGACUUGGAUUAGGAGGCUCGUUUCCACAAGCGUCCUUCUUGGAAAAACAACUGCUUCUCACACUAAUUCUGAAGAUCCUGCUUGUUUGGUGAGGGCCUGAGGCUGAGUGGGAACCGCAGAUAACUUCCUCUCAGGCCCUGGUAGAUGGAGAAUCUUCCACAAAACCUGAGUUCACCACGUCUCGCUGUUGUAAUGGCAGGCUCAGGGUUGGUCUUGAAGAUACUUCUCCCUGUCCUUGUGUAGGGCUUCCCUUGGUGUCGGGGUUACUUUAUUUGGAUACCUUUUUAAACUGUACACCUUGUACUCUCUCUGAAUUUCCUCUUCCUGCUCUAGGACAACGAGCCUUACAGCAGAGCCUCACAAGAGCCUCAUGCUGGUUUCUCACCCUGCUGUCCCCCCAAUCGCCCUGCCCUACAGAAAACUGGGGAGAGCCAUGUACUGAACAUUGUCAGGGUUUCCAGGCACCAUGUUAGGGGCUUUUACAUGUUGUUCCAUUUCUCCCUAAUUAGUGUUUUUCAUGGCAGGCUUGAUGUCCUCCAUUUAACUGGGUUUUAAAGAAGUUGGGUCAUUUUUCCUCCUGUCACAUUUAGGAAUUGUUUGGCUGAAAUCAGUGACGACACCAAGUAUCUAACCUCCGGUGACAUUUUCAUCCUUCUCUGGGUCGAAUGUUAUUAAGUAAUGAUGUAGUAAUGAUGUCCUUAUUAAAUAAUGGUGUAGUAAUGCACCCCUAACCAGGCUCUCAUGAAGGCCCAUCUUACACCUCUUGGCUUGUUUGGUUUGGUUUCAGUUUCCUCUUUCCUCUGGAUUUACUAAGCUGGAGGGAGACGCUAGAAGGAGAAAUAAAACAGAAAACCCGCUCCCAGCUUAGGCUCUCAUCCCUACUAGCAUGUUAUAAUCUACAGGCAAGGGAAAUAGUUUGGAUGCUGUGGUACAUACCAAGGGCAGAUUUUCUGUGCACAAAUAAAUAUACACACUUGCGUGGUGGUUUGAAUAGCUAUUGUCCCCCAAAGACUUAUAUGGGUGAAUGCUUGACCCACAGAAAGUGGCAAUAUUAGAAGACGUGGCCUUGGGUUGGGGAUUUAGCUCAGUGGUAGAGCGCUUGCCUAGGAAGUGCAAGGCCCUGGGUUCGGUCCCCAGCUCUGAAAAAAAGAACCAAAAAAAAAAAAAAAGAUGGAAAGAGUUACAGGCUGGAGAGCUGACUCAGAGGUUAAGAGCACUGACUGCUCUUCCAGAGGUCCCGAGUUCAAUUCCCAGCAACUACAUGGUGACUCACAACCAUCUGUAAUGAGAAGACGUGGCCUUAUUGGAGUAGGUAUGAACUUGUUGGAAGGAGUGGAGGUCGGUGUUGAGGUCAGUAUGUUCUCUGCCCACUCUGGAAGACAGUCUCCUCCUUGCUACCUAUGGAUCAAGAUGUAGGACUCUUGGCUCCUCCAGCACCAUCUGCUUAUACUCUGCCACGGUUCCCAUCAUGACAAUAAUGGACUAAACUUCUGAAACUAUAAGCCAACCCCAAUUAAAUGUUCCUUACAAGAUGCAUGCUUGGUCAUGCAUCUCUUCACAGUAGUAAAACCCUAACUGAGAUAGGAGCUGAGAUCAGGGUUUGGGAUAUUGCUGUGAUAGACCUGACCAUGCUUCUGUUUGGAGGAAUGUGGAUUUGGGGGCUUUGUACUAGGAAAGCAGUAGAAUGCUUUAAGUGAGGCCUAAAGGGCCAUUCUAGUAGAAGUAUGGAAGACAGUGGCCCUGAGGGUGAUUUGAAUGUGGGGACCUAGUUUAAGAGGGUACAGAGAAGAAGGAGGAUAUUAGUAUUUUGCCUAGAAAUCAUUCUUGUGAUAUUUUACUGAAGAAUGUGACUGCUUUUUGCCCUUGUUGGAAAAGUCUGGCUGAGACUAAAGUGAAGAGAUUUAAGGAAAUCUCAAAAUAGUCUAGUAUAGAUGCUGUCCUGUGGCUUACACUUAUAAAGAGUGUUUUGAUGAGAUGGAGAAAGCUGAGCGAGGAAAAAUAUAAAAUAUGAUCUGCUUUUUAUUUUGAUUUUAUAGGGGAUUACAGUUAGGAGAUUACAUGAAUCUCAGAAGAGACUUCGAACUUUGGACUUUUAAACAUCUUUGAGACUGUAAUACUAGGGGUACUUUUGAAGUUGGAUUAAACAUAUUUUCUAUUAUGUUAUGACCACAAGAUUAUGGGGGCAUGGGAUAGGAUGUGAUAGUUUGAAUAGAUAUGGCCCUCCUAGAAUCAUGUUUUAAAUGCUUGGCCCAUAGGGAGUGGCACUAUUAGGAGAUAUGGCCUUGAUGGAGUGACUAUGGCCUUGUUGGAGGAAGUGUGUCACUGUGGGGGCAGGCUUUGAGAUCUAUAUGCUCAAGCUACUCCUAGAGUGGCAGUCUUCUGCUGCUGCUGAUCAAGAUGCAGAACUCUCAGCUUCCCCAGCACCAUGUCUGCCUGCACACUGCCGUGCUUCCUGCCAUGAUGAUAAUGGACUGAAUCUCUCAAACUGUAAGCCAGCCCCAAGUAAAUGUCUCUUCACAGCAGUAAAACCCCAAUAACAGAAACAUGCUAAUUGGACUGUUCCCUAGAAUCUUUAAUAUGCUACUGAGCAUCUAGCCGGAAGAGACUGCAGUAUCCAUCCCUCCGGUGGAAAUAGAAAGUACACACAGAUGCAGAUGACUUGACUUCAAUACCGUCAAGGUAGCUUCAAUUCCAAAGAACAGAGGCAAUAGGUAGAGAUUGGAAGCUUCAUCUUCUAUUUUUCCUGCUGGCAUUUAAAGGGUCAUAAACAAGUGAGCUGAAGGAGGCCUCUGGUGUUAGCUCCUGUCCUUCUCAGUGUUUAUAGCUUCAAGUGGUGUAACAUUUGUCACCCACAGGCAGUGCUCAGCACUGAUUUCUCCCCUCUCUCUCUCUCUCUCCCCCCCCCCCAUGAAUCCCUUUAGGAAGCUCAAUGUAGCAUCCCUGCCUAAUUCCCUUGAAUUAUGUUAUGCAAGAAGUGGAUGCUGAGAAAUUCUUGGGUUUUGUGGAGCUGUUUAGUGUUUUAGAGGAAAUUCUGCUAAGAAUUCAAGCUGCAGUAACUCAACUGGGCUCUUGUACCUGCAGCCUUCCUGUCAUCUUCCCAAACCUCUUUGACCAAGAUGCUAUAUAUUUAGGGGAAGUGCUUUCUACUCUUGAAUUUUGCUUUUCCUGGAUAAAGGGCUGAGUCUGUGAGUGCUGACAUAGACAUCUAGGGUCACCCAGAUGGCUGGUAGAAAAUGUCUGCUGCUAUAAUCAAAUGGACAGAAUGUAGAAUGUAAUACUGGCUUUGGUUUAAAAACAAACCAGAGGGAGUCAGGUGUGAUGCUGAUGUCUGUAAUUCCAGUACUCAAGAGGCUGGGGCAGCCCAAGGCUGGGCUACAUAGUGAGGCUUGUCUCCAAAACCCAAGGGCAGAGAAUAGAGUGACCUAGCAUGUGUAAGGCUCUCGGUUCUAUCCCAGUACUAGGAAAGCAAAACAAAACACUAGGAUAGAUGAUAGAAGGCAAGAACUUGUGAAUAUACACAUUUUUAUUUCAGCUGCAUUUCAGGUUGUAAAGAGUUUAGACUUGCCAUGACAGUGGUUGGUUUGAAGAUAAGAUCAAACCUGGGAGUGUCCACUGUUGGUCGCAUGCACAGUGUGCUGUCACUUAUAGCUCUGGUGUCCUUAGUGGUCUCUGGAUGAAAUGAGGGCACUCCUGCUUCUAAGAUGUGGUUGAGGAGAAGGUUUUUAUUAUAGACAAUGGGUGAGCACAGCCAGGGUCAUCUGGAAGAGUGCAGAGUGGGGAGAGGAAAUAGUACACUGAACAUGGCCAGGAGACUGAACCAGGACACAAGAAGGGAGAUCGGGGUGGGUGUGAGAGAGGAAGAGAAGAGGGAGGGCCAAAGGAAGGGGCCAGUAGAGAGAGCCCAGAGAAGAGAGAAACCCAAGAGUGGAGAACCAAGAGAAGAAGCCAAGAGAGCCAAGACUGCAUGUCCAAAAUAGUUUUUUAUGGGAAUCAGAAGCUGGGGGAGUGGGGGGAGGAAAUGAAACCCUUGGGGUGGAGAGAUUGAGGGUAGGGGCUGGAGUGAGAAGAGCAGAGGAGCCUCAGGUACCGAGGCAGCCUUGGGCCAGCACUCUUUUGGUUGGCACCACCAUUUUCCAUUUAUCCUGAACUUCAUUGGGACAUCACAGCUCCUACUGCACCCUGUCUCUGAAUCACUGCUUUCCGCUCCAGCCUCUUUCCUUCCUCUACUUGGGCACUUCCUGAGAAAUCGGGUAAGCAAGACAGACAAGACCCCCAAACGAGCUUUCUCAGCAUAGCCCGGGGGUUGAGCUUUCCAAGAUUCCUCAUUGUGUUCCUAAAAAGAAGGCCAUGGUCUCCCAAAAGCUCUGAGUGAAGGUGGAGAUUCCAGUGAUGUUUUCUGGACUGUUAAAGCAACAGCACAGGAUGCAUGUGUUCUCCAGGGGGCUCUUGGAAAUGAUACGAAAGUUUCAAUAUUCAGAGCAUUAAACUGGGACCCCAGCUCCUGCUCUUUGUAGCCCUACCCGCAUUGUAAAGCUCCCCUUACCUGGAUGGUGCCAAAACCAUGUUCCAGGUUCUGCCAAUUCCCUUCUGAAUCACCACCAGGUACUCAAACAAGGACCUUAUAUGGAAAAAAAAAAAAGCCAGUCACCCUUCCUCAUACCCAGGACUAUAAGAACUGUCCAUCUUGGGUCCCGUGCAUGAAUUCUCUGGCCAUGUGCCCUGGGACCAAUGAUCCUCACCUAAGAGCUGGACCAAUAGCUUGGCUACUGCCAAUUUGCUCUGAUCUAGUCACUUUGAGUCAUCCCUAAGCCUCUCACAGAGAAAUUAAUGGAAUGCACUACUUGGGCUGGAGAGAUGGCUCAGUGGUUAAGAGCACUGACUGCUCUUCCAGAGGCCCUGAGUUCAAAUCCCAGCAUCCACAUGGUGCUCACAACCAUCUAUAAUGAGAUCUGAUGCCCUCUUCUGGUGUGUCUGAGGACAGCUACAGUGUACUUAUAUAUAAUAAAUAAAUCUUUAAGAAAUGAAUAAAAAAAUAAAGUGUUCAAAAAGUUGUCUAACAUCUUAAAAUUUAAAAACUAUAUGUAAAAAACCAAAAAUGCUCUACUUGAACUAAUAUUCAGUUCAUUCUCAAGAAUGAUCACUUAUCUAAAUACAUUAUUUUUGCAUGUCUGCAUUUUACUUGAGAUGUUCCUGGUCAGUUGUGUCCUUUGUAAGGGAUUCAGCCCCUGAGCUGAGGUUGGAACAGGACAUUAUGUGACUACAGAAAGGACCAUUUUAUUCAUCUUAAAAGCAUAGUUUAUCCCAGCAAAAUAACUAACCUAUUGCUUUAAAAGGAGACACGGUCCUCCGUGUUUGUUUUAUUUUGUCCCAUGGGUGUGAACAAGCCUUGGAAAGCCUACACAUUUGGAAGUUAUUGACCAUGUUUAAGAGCUAACCCCACCCCAGUGUAGAAUAAUUAUGGCCAGCCAGAGUUCCCGUUACAUAUCAGGGGUGUCAUUUCCCCACAAAUGAAAGGGGCUGAAUGCUUGGGAUCUACAAACAGUGCACAGCCAUGCAACAGUGUUCCAUACCCUAUGAUGAGGCGUAGACGAAGAGAGCCAUGUGUGUGAAAGUCAUCAGCACCUAAGAAGAAAGCAAUUGGAGUGACAGCAGGCGUUCCAGCGAACGGAGAAGCUCAUUUAUAGCAUAAUAAAGAAGGCACGAAGGGUUCUACUACUCAAAAUCCAAACCAGAGCUUUGGACGUCAGGAGAUGACCCUCCCCCAAAAGUAAGAGUAAAAGGUGCUUGUCGUAGAACUGGAGAGCAAUGGACGAGUUAGAAGUCACCGGUGUGUCACCUUUCCUGUCAUUUCCUGUGGACACUUGGCAAACAUCAGCAUGCUCAUGUAUGUCCCCUAUUUUGAUGACCUUUGUCACAUAGGUCCUGGGUGGCUGAGAGGAGACUGGGGCCCAGGCAGUAGCCAGAAGUUACAUUCUUCCCACGAGGAACCCCAGGCUUUAGUCUGUGCCAACUUGGUAGUCGCAUCUCUCUGUUCUCUGUAAACCUUGACAGCCCCCUCACACACCGUAUUUUAAUCACUUUCCCAAUGACAGAGGUAGAUGGUAGCUGAAACCACUGGAUCAUAUAAUCUAUUUUAUACGAGGGCCUGGGUAAGCAAUCAAAGCCGUAGUGACGAGAAGAGGUGUCUGGGUAAUUUAUCUCAUUCCUCAAAAGGAACUGCCCACAUCCUCCCACACUGUUGAAGGACCCCUCGGGAAGGCUGUUGUAAGGCACACACCGUGCUCUGCGCCUUGCCUUCUGAUGUUAGCAUUGUGUUCCUUUUGCCUGACUGCGGAACACCUCCCCCACAGCCUCAACCCACUCCCUUUAAUUUGUCUCCAUUGGUAAAGGGGGAGGAGUGAUCACCUACUUGGCAGAAUCACCUUUUCCCAAUAUAAAACACAAUCAAAUUUAUCCUUCCAUGCCUUCUUUGUGUUGGGUUUCUUCUUCUUCGCCCUUCUCUUUUACCACGAGAACUUUGCUAGGCAUAGCACAGAGCGCCUGACCUGUGGUACGUAUUCAGCCACUUUGAGCUUAGAAAAUUCAGUGUGGGUUGCUGAUUGGUACAUAAAUAAAGCAUCAUGUUUCUCCCUACAUUGCUUUCUCCACGUCCCAUCCCCAUCCUUAUCCAGCUGAGAAGUGGGCUUUCUGCUGCACUAUUCAGAAAGGCCAUCUGUAAGGCCAUGAGCAAAUCCUUGGGUGGGGUUGUCCCUUCUUCGCCUUCUCUGGUGAGUUACAGUGAGCAGUGAGCUGAAGCUAGAACCCUCAAUGGUGUAGGAUUAUGUCUCCCCCACUGAUGUUUGAAGAGCACUGCGUAGUUCACAAGUCAACUGUGCCUUAGAGUGUAUUGAGUGCCCAUUGUACUGUAUGUAAUGCUUCCAGUGUGCAAAGGCUACCCUCUGGGAGCUCACAGGCUAGCAGAAGAGACAGGUUGUAAGCCACUAUGAUGCACUAUGAUGGCUUCUGACAGAGGGCAGAGACCUAUUCCUUGCAGAAGGAAACGGAUAUGUUCUACCCGAUAGUUGGCUGGGACACGCUUAAGGAAAGGGGGUUGGUUGAUGUGCACACAAGCCCAGCACCUAAAAUAUCACCGAGUUAACAGAUCCCGGACCUCAUUUUGAAGCCCUCAACUUAAGGAAUCCCUGGGCAGCUUUCUGGCUAGCUAUAGUUCUGGAUGUCAAGUAACAUGCCAUCGGUAUUUUAGAGGACACUGGUGAACAAGUGCAUGCUGGAAGUUUUUGUGUUCAAAACACAACUGAUGCAAGAGGAAGAUAGAUUCCCAAGGGAGAAGAGAUGGCAGGAAGAGGCAGACUGCUGGGGCCUUGGACAGACUUACCAAGGUCAGAUAGACUCACACUUGACAAAUGUCUGCUGACAGAAAUCUCAAAUGUCUGUGUCUGGAAUGGAGCUGAUGUUCCUGGGUGAGGGUCAUGCUUUCACAAACUCACAACGUGACAUGAGGACAAGAUGUUACUGAUAACAUUUUCAUGUUGAUGUGGAGUAGCCUAUGAGACAGGAAGCCAGCACAUUUAACCUGGAUGCACAAAGUCACUUGUGACUUAGAGGCAGGCCUGCACGAAGAGCUGGCCAGCUUGUUCUACAAAGGGUUGGUUUGGGCCUCCUGUCUGUGUAGCCCCCUUUUUGUUGUUGUUACUGUGCAGAAGUAGCUAUGGAAAGUGUGUGCACGAGUCUGGGUGCCAAUAAAACUUUAUGAAGGUAUUUAUAAAUAUGGAGAGUGGACUAAAUUUGACCGUGGUCUGGAUGACUGCCAAGUGACAGGCCACAGUUUAUCAUAAAAUGGCCGAGCAAAUGCCAUGUGAAUGUGUAAACAGAGAAUCAGGAGAUCAUGCCAGGCUAUCGUGAAUUAACACAAUGUGGUAGGGAGAACUUAGUGGGACUGAGUUCAGUUUGAUGGGGGAGAGGGGGGUCACCCUUGGAUUUGACAGACAGGAGGGGGGUUUUAGUGGAAUGCCAAGAGCAGUAGUUUGAAGACUGACUAGAAGAUAAAGAAGACACGAAGACAGAAAUCUAGAUAAUGCUUCAUGAUUUUUGUCCUUCAGAAAUAAACAAGACGUACUACCUAAACUUAUAUUCAGUUCAUUCUCUGCAAGAGAAGAGAGAAGGCAGGGAUGCCAUUCAAAGUUUAAAUAGUCAAAAAUAGACUCUUGGCAAGUCUAAAUUGCAAGCCUCCACCAAAUCCCAAGCUCCCUGCUAUUGCUGUGUUAAUUGGCGCUAUUACUUUCUCCUCAGACUGCUCUGACUGUACCUAGGUGCCCCGUUUCCCCCACUGAGAGUUCAAGGUGUCUCCAGAAAGAGUGGUGGAGUAGGUUUAAAUCCCAAGAUCCCAGGGAUUUCACACAAACAGAGACCCUGAUUGUAAGUUCUGAGUCAUGAUGCCAGUUGUCCCCUGCUUUAGUAGGUUAUGCCGUCUCUGCCUUUCCUCUCUUUCUUUCCCCUUCUUCUGCCAGUGUUUGCUGAAGUUUAAUCUUUAAGAAGGUUAUAGGGCUCAGGAAUUUUGUUACAUCCUGUACUCUCACUCUGAGGUCUACCACUGUGGCUUUGGGCACGUGAGUUCAGCUAGUAGCAGAUGAAAAACGUAUGUGGUGAGGGGAGUUAGGGAAGGGUGGGGGGAAGAGUGGGACUGGGAGAUGCAAAAUAGGAAGUAGGAAGGGAUUUGUGGUGAAGGGAGGGAAGGGCCUGGGUUUGAAGGGGGCCGCAGAUGUGUCUGUGUACCCUAAACACUUCAGUUUUCAGCUGGCUUGCUUCUCAAUUUACAUAUGCUAGAACUGCAGGCGAAAUGGCUGGGAUCCGGCACAUGCCACCUGGAUCCUGGCCAGAGUUUAUUUCCGUCUGACAACUUUUUGGAUGUACUACAAGAUUUCUACUUGUUUGUUCCUCCUAACGAGGUGGCAAGAUAAGUCUAUAUGUGCCCCAGCUGUGCACACCACAGGGUAUCAGACUAUGGAUUUGCUUUGUAAAAAGGAAUGUGAGCCCAUCUGACUCCCAGCGUCCAAAGACAGCGCUGGAAAGUGGUCUCGGCAAAAGUAAAUUCUCCCUACCAUUGGGAAGACCGGGAGCUUGAGAAGUGUAGCAGCGAGGGCUCUUUUCUCUUGAGCUUCUGCUGCAGGAAGGAGAGUGGCCACAUUCACUUGAGGAGGGGAAGGAACCUGUUUUUCUUGGGGAUCUGCACGAUUCCCGUGAGGCCUAAGUCACAAAGCGCACAGGCUGCAGCAUCGACCCUGCAUAGCACAGCCUUCAUGGGUUCCAAGUCAACGUGGGGAUGCAAGAGAAUGCGAGAAAAACAUACCAUUUACUCACUCCCCACACCCUGCCCAGCCCAUGUACUUCAUCAUGAAUGAGGCUUAUUAAAGACCUUAGGCUCUUGUUUGUAAGGAAGAAGUUCCUUUUUUCUGUGAACUCGUCAUACUAGAGAAAAAUGAUUUAUGACAAAUACAGCUGAUGCCAUCAGAUAUACUGGAACAAAAGCCGCAUGGAUCAGAGAGGGUUCAAACUAGAGUCUGUGGGUUUUUCCUUGAAGAACUCAGUCAGUGGAGAGGAUUUGAGGGUGGCACCGAUGAGUGUAGGUCCAGGUAUUCUCUUUUCUUAACAGCAAAGUCCCAGGCUGUUGUACGGGAAGAUAAAGUCGGCUUGGCUGGAAGAUGAGUUACAGAUGGAAAA